GAGACAAAUACUUCCUUCUCAAUGCUUUAUCUGCUCGACCGUCACUGGCUGACGUCUCUGUUCUGCUAUGCAAUCUCCCCCGGCAUCCAAUACCUCUAGGCGCGUCCCAGUUGGCCUUCCCCGAAAUCCUCGCGAAGGCCGCCUGUUGAAACAGUCGAGUCAACCGGCUUUGACUCGACAGACCACCCAGGCUGAGGGCAGCGUCUGGGAUGACCCGGCGGGUCCAGAACAGAGGAGAUUUGCUGCUAGAUCUCCCCCUCCUUCACUCCCCCGACACGUUACUCAGGAAGUAGCACGGGUUGGGGUCUCUUCCAGUCCACGGCCUCAUCAACGAUGGCAGUCUGUUACGUCUGCCUCAUCCUCGUCCUCUUCGGUCACUUCGUCCCAGGUUAUUUCGGAGAAGGCGCAUACUCGAGCAGUGAGUCAAGACAGGACUGGUAGCGCAAUGCCCGCGGAACAAGGCCAGCCAGCAUUGUGGAGGACAGUUGCCAGCCUAGCGAACAAUCUGACAAUCAAUGUCGGGAUAGCAUGGUCGAGUACUGUUACAACGAAUGAGGGCGAAGAUACGCCAUUGGGUGCUGAAAGCCGGCUCACGCGGGCCAUGAAAGCAUACCAUCUUUCUAAAGCACAGGACCUCUCAGACCUGCCCGAAUGGUUGUUCACGGAGAAAGAGCGACGUUCUCGCCCAGUCGUUGUCCAGGGUAACCAAUCAUAUCGCAACGACCUCGAUGAACGCCCAGCUAGCCAACCACCGCGUCCGGAUCGCAUUCCUACUUCUUCCAACGACAGUCGAAGUAGGGGUGUCGAACCUGCCUCGAGACCUGCUCGAGGUACUGCUGCUACCGACCGUCUCAAGGCACUCCGAGCGAGGGAGCGGCAGUUGAAGGCAAUCUGAAGGAUUUUCCUCGUAAUUGGAUGCAGUAUUUGCUCCGGUUCG